AUGAGGACAGCUGGAGUGAUGGAGAACAAGAACCUGUGACAGUGGAUCAGACGUGGCGAGGAGACCCUGAUAGUGAAGCUGAAAGCAUCGACAGCGAUCAGGAAGACCCUCUGAAACAUGCUGGCGUGUACACAGCUGAGGAGGUGGCAUUAAUCAUGCGUGAGAAGCUGAUCCGUUUGCAGUCAUUGUACAUAGACCAGUUCAAACGACUCCAGCACCUCCUGAAAGAGAAGAAGCGUCGAUACUUGCACAGCCGCAAGGGGGAGCAUGAAGCCAUAGGGAGCAGCCUUCUGACAGGCCCAGAGGGGCUUCUGGCCAAGGAGCGUGAGAACCUGAAGCAACUGAAGUGUCUCCGACGCUAUCGGCAGCGCUAUGGCGUGGAGGCCCUGCUGCAUCGCCAGCUGAAGGAGCGUCGGAUGUUGGCGACUGAGGGUGCGGCCCAGCAGGCACACACCACUCGUUCCAGCCAGCGGUGCUUGGCCUUUGUCGAUGACGUUCGCUGUUCCAAUCCGUCUCUCCCGAUGACCAGACACUGCCUCACUCAUAUUUGUCAGGACACCAAUCAGACAUUGUUUAAGCUGUGUCAAGGGUCAGAGGAAGCGCCCUGCGACAAGCCGGUUCCUGUAAGCCUCUCUGAGAGUCCCUGCUGCCCGCUUCAUCUCCAGCUGCCGCCUCAGAUGUAUGUACCCGAGCAGGUGCUCUCUGUUCCCGAGGAGCUGGACGCUGCCCCCACGGAUCUGUACCUGAGCGCUGCUGAGCUUCAGCCCACAGAGAGCUUACCCCUGGAGUUUAGCGACGAUUUAGACGUGGUGGGAGAUAGCAUGCAGUGCCCCCCUUCCCCUCUGCUCUUUGACUCCUCCGGGGCCCUGGAAGAUCAGGCCAUCAAAGAUAUUGCUGAGGCUGCUGUAGACAUACUGGCCCAUGAAGAACCUCCUCAGCCAGGCUUCCCGACCCAGGCAACCCAGCUGGACAGAGGGAGCUCUGCUGGCCAAGCCGCCUUGCCAACUCUGGAGCCUCUUGCAGAGCCAGCUGCCCAGAGUCACCUGCAGACGGGGGUGGGCAGGCCUGGACCAGAGGAAGACAGGAAGCUGGCGGACACCGCAGCCUCCACCCGGUCACAUGGAAGACUGGCAGCAGCCAAUGGGAAUCCAGAACCAGCCUCCAUCAGCUGAUAAGGUCUUGGAUUGGAAUCCUUUUUCUUGAUGGAAGGCUUGGCCGCCCUGAAACGGACCUGAGCGUGAAAUACACGUGGUUGACGGAGUAUGGUAACCCAACACUUCACCUUUCCACCCGAGUAUUGUGGCCAGAUCAGUGAAACCGGGGAAUGGUGAAAUGUCUGCCCAGGAGCUCAUGUGACAGGUUCCAGUUGGUUGCUUUCCUGCCAGUCCUUCCCCCUCAUUCAGUUCUGGUUCCUUUUGGUGAAGCCUGCCAAAAGCACAGCUGGCUAGUGAGACACUGUCAUUCCCAGUCAGGGUAGAAGAGACGGAGAAAGGGUAGGCGGCUCGUGGGACGCACGCUCAGUUAGCAAAGUUGUGAUGUAUCCAUGGAGAGGGGCAAAUGAGCCAAACUGAAAGUUUUCCCAGGUGGGGACUGAACAUUCUCGAGUCAGCCUGUCAGGGAUGUAUGUGCUAGGCAGUGGCUUGGCUUGUUCAGACUGUAGCACCGUGUACUAAAGCAAGCUUCUCUCAUUCUGGUGUGCGACCGCUGUCAUUCCUCUGGCAUUGUAAGCUCCUCACCCUAGCUUUAACCGAUGGACGAGCCCGUAGGGUGCUAAUCGUGUGUAAAAUAACAAUGUAUAAAUGUGCUGUACAAAGUUUCCAGUUUGUAAUCGGAACGGGGAAAUUUCCAUCCCCCCUUCCACAAAAAGACAAUAAAGACAUCAGAAGAAAA